CUGGGGCCGGAAUGGAACCGUCCGCGUCAUCGGAAGGGGAGCAGAGAGGAGAAUCUAAAUUAAAACGAGGAAUUUCCCAAGACUUGAUUUCUUCCCCCAAAUUAGACAUAUACAAAAUAGCAAGACAAUUAACGGACACGGCAAUCAAGGAAAAGAAGAUCUUCUCCAUCUACGGACACUACCCGGUGAUCCGGGCCGCCCUGCGGAGGAAGGGCUGGGUGGAGAAGAGGUUCCGCUUUCUGCCCAAGGUUGUUCCGAGUGUCGAAGACGAAGGGGAAGGAGCGCCAGGUAGAGUAUCGGAGGCGUCUUGUGUUUCGGUGUGAGACGUUUGCAAAGGAAAUCAAGAAGUGGCUUUGGAGAAAACAGACGACAUCCACGAUGUGAUGUCCAGGUUGGUAAAAAAUGAAACACCAUACUUCCUCUGGACAAUCAAAAGGGACAUCAUUGACUAUCACAGUCUGAGCUGCGACCAGAUGCUGAAUCACUACGGGAAGACGGCGUCCUUCACCACCAAGAUCGGGCUGUGCGUGAGCCUGCGGAGCCUGCCGUGGUAUGUCCAGGCCGACCCCGCCUCCUUCUUCCCACGCUGCUACGGCCUCUGCACCGAGAGCGAGAAGCAGGAGUUCCUGGACGACUUCCAGCGCACGGUGGCCUCCAGCAUCCUCAAGUGGGUGGUCAGCCAGCAGAACUGCAGCAGGAGCACACCCAAGGGCUGGAGGGAGAAGGCCGGUGACAGUGACCCCAGCAACAGGCAAGUUCCUGAGAGCGCGGGAUCGAGGCUCACAGGCCUCUCAGGGCAGCUGGUGGACGUCGCGUGCAGGGUGUGCGAGGCCUACCUGGGGCGGCUGGAGCACAGGGACAUCGACCUCUCUGAAGACGCCGCCAAGGACCUCACGGAGGACGAGUGGCAGGACCUGACCCAGCAGUACUACACGCUCCUUCACGGCGAGGCGUUCAUCUCCAAUUCAAGAAACUACUUUUCGCAGUGCCAAGCUCUGCUGAACAAAAUCACCUCUGUGAACCCUCAGACGGAGAUCGACGGGCUCCGGAACAUCUGGAUCGUAAAGCCCGCGGCCAAGUCCCGGGGCCGAGACAUAGUGUGCAUGAACCACGUGGAAGAGAUCCUGGAGCUGGUGGCUACAGACCAAGCCCCCGCCAAGCACCACGAGUGGGUAGUGCAGAAGUACAUCGAGACGCCGCUGCUCGUCUACGACACCAAGUUUGACACCCGGCAGUGGGUCCUGGUCACCGACUGGAAUGCGCUGGCCAUCUGGUUCCACAAGGAGAGCCACGUGCGCUUUUCGGCGCAGCGCCUCUCCCUCCACAGUCUGGACGGCGCCAUCCACCUGUGCAACAACUCCAUCCAGAAGCACCUGAAGAACGACAAGGACCGGAGCCCCCUGCUGCCGGGUCACAACAUGUGGACCAGCACCCGGUUCCGGGAGUACCUGCAGAGGAGGGGCCGCGGGGCCGUGUGGGGCAGCGUCAUCUACCCGUCCAUGAAGAGGGCCAUCACCAACACCAUGAAGGUGGCCCAGGACCACGUAGACCCGCGGAAGAACAGCUUCGAGCUGUACGGCGCCGACUUCAUCCUCGGGCGCGACUUCAAGCCCUGGCUGAUCGAGAUCAACUCUAGCCCCACCAUGCACGCGUCCACGCCGGUCACGGCCCAGCUCUGCGCGCAGGUGCAGGAGGACACCAUCAAGGUGGUGGUGGACCGCAAGGUCGACCGAAACUGCGACGUCGGCAACUUCGAGCUGCUGUGGAGACAGCCUGCAGUGGAGCUGCCCCCCUUCCCGGGGUCCGACCUCUUCGUGGAAGGGGUGGGUGUGGGGAAAGCCAAGAAGCAGAUGCCGCCCAUCUCCAACUUUGACUUUGCAUCUCCACUCUUGGACGUUCAUCCACUAAGAGAGAGGUGCCCCUCGGCCAUGCCAGGCCUGGCUCCGGGACCCCCACGAAUGGCUCUCCAGCAAGACUUGAAACUGAAAGACGAAAAGGUACUUCCUUGCACCUUGCCUGUGCCCUUAAAGAGGCUGGCGGAGAGAAGUGCUAAAGUAAAGUGCGGCCACAGGGAGCCUGGCGGGAAGAUAGAGCCCCCCACCUGUACCUUUCAGCGCCUAGACAAUAAGGCCCUGAGCUCUGCUCUCGCCAAGGCCGAAUCAGACAAACACUUGGAUCCAAACUUAUUAAAUGUGCACCCGCUGCCGUCCCUUCUUCCGAGCGUGAAGACAGCGGAGAGCGCUCAGUUUCAGCCGCCCAGACCGUCAGGGCUGCCAAGGGCGCUCCCAGCGCCGUGCCUGGUGUGCCGUGGCUCGCUGCCGCCCGCCGGUCCCUGCAAGCGCUGCCGCUCGUUCUGCGCCGCCAUCCUGCUGGGAGCCUCCGUCGUGCCCCUCGGCAACGGGCCGGGCGGCGGCCCGUGCACCCCGUGA